UAACAUGCAGCCCACCUGAGGACCCCCCGCACGGCUCGUACCUGUGCCCGGUUCACGUGUUGUUCUCGGACUGCUGUGACGUCACCUGUGAUGAAGGAUACGUACCGGAAACGGACCACGCCCUGGGCUGCAGCUGGACCGGAAACUGGACCGCAUUCCGCAGAGGGAACACGACAGAGAUGGAAAAUGCUGUGUCAGCAGACGUUGUCAUCCCACAUACUCUGGCUUGUGUCAUCUCUGACUGUGGAAACAUUUCGACACCCGCACACGGUGACGUCACCUGUACAGGUACGACGUACGGCGAGACGUGUCAUCUCACCUGUCAGGACGGCUACGAACGGCUGGGACAAGACAACUUUACCUGCCUGUUUUACAGGGACACGGCCCAGGCCAGCUGGAGUGGGGAGCCUGAGUGUACCCCAGUGAGUUGCGGCCCCCCUCCUGAGUUCCCUAACACCGCCCUACAGUGCGCCAGCGGACACACCUACGGGAACACCUGCGGAGUCACCUGUGCGGACGGGUACCGAGGAACGAACCACCAGAGCGUAGCUUGUCAUAGCAGCGGUAACUGGAGCCUACAGACGGGAGCGCUCCAACUAGUUGUUGGGGGACCAGAUCUGUUCUGUCAGAAGAAGGACUGUGGCAACCUUACUAGCCCUGCCAAGGGCAGCCUGGCGUGCAGCGGUACCAGGUACCAGGACUCCUGCCGCCUGACCUGUGAGUCCGGGUACAAAGUCGGCAAUGAGCAGGACCUUCAUUUCCACAGUCUACACAGCUUCAGGUGCAUGGCUAGUGGACAAUGGAACGACAAGCCCAGAUGCGUCCCAUCCGACUACUGCCGGCUCAGCCUGCACGACUGCCACCCUGAGCACGGGAUCUGCGACCUGACGGGCCACCAGACCUUCAGCUGCCGCUGCCGGCCCGGGACGGUCGGGGACGGGAGACGCUGUGAACGGACCUCCUGUCCACCUUUCCCGGUCGCUGAACCGGAGAAUGGUUACUUCGGGUGUUCUAUCCCGGCAUCCCCUACAGCUGACUUCUGCCAAUCACCAGACAGCACGGCGGCGGAGUACGAGGUCGUCUGUCUGCUCCACUGUAACCCUGGUUACGACAGGCUGGUCUAUGCCGAGUACUCCUGUGGACACGACGGGAACUGGACCAUCCCAUUCAACCUAAACACCACAGGGACCAUACCGUGCUUAGCUGUGAAAUGCUCGAACCUGUCCAGUCCCCUACACGGUAGAAUGACCUGCGACAGCGGCUACUAUUUCCGGUAUCCUGAGGUCUGCAACUUUACCUGUGACUGGGGCUACGAGCUCACGACUCCCGCAAGCAGCAGGGAGAGACGCUGUCAGGCUGAUGCAACCUGGUCUGGAAACGACGCCGUGUGCAUCGGCGUGCGAUGUCCGGCCCUGUCCAGACCCGCUAACGGAAGGAUGACGUGUAAUCGCGGCUCCUCCUUCCGCCAUCCCGAGACCUGCACCUUCACCUGUAACCAUGGUUACCACUUGUACACAGGCAGCAGCAGCAGAACCUGCCAGGCUAAUGGCAGGUGGAGUGGGAGUAGGCCAUCAUGUAGGGCCUGUCCCAGCGGGUACUCAUACCAUCAUACUAGCCGUCUGUGCUACAGAGCGUACGACCUAAAGAGAAACUACAACGAUGCUAAAGUGAUCUGUGCUUCUGACGGCGGAACCCUCGCCAUGCCCCGCGAUGCCGUCACCAACACCUUCCUCAUCAACCUGAAGAAUGCCGUCGAUAGCGGCGCUAACUUCUGGUUCGGACUGACGGACAUCCGCCAGGAAGGACGUUGGGUGUGGGAGGAUGGAGGUUCUCUUGGAGGUUUCAGUCCGUGGGGUCCAGGAGAACCCGACAACGACGGGGGUAACCAGGACUGUGCGGAGUAUUACUCCGGGAACAAGUGGAACGAUAGGUCGUGUUCCGCCACACGGAAGUUCAUUUGUAAAGUGGGGCCAGCUUAA